AAAAUGAAGACUCAGCCCAAAAGCCAGAGCCUGCAGAUCAGCUAGUUGAUUCUUUGGAGUCCAGUACUUCACAGAGCGGGUCUCAGGCUGGGGUGCACCUGAGUGCUGACACAACAGAGCAUUCGAAGGAAGAAAUUGGCACUCUGGGGGACCAGAACGUGGCUGUGCUAGAAGAGAAGCUACCUGACCAAAUCAAAUCUCUCAAAAAGGAAGCUGUUCGAUUAACCAGCUACCAUGUACCUCAGGGAGUAGGGGAUAUAGUCAUGAUUCAGUCAGAUCACACUGGUGCUGUGGAUAUCCUUUCAGCUGAGCUGGAGACUGCAGACCUCCUUGGGGAGCAGAGAAAAGCUCAGCCUCCACCUCUGGCUGCACCCACCAUGUGGACCACUGAGAAGAUGAAGGAAUUCAAAGCCAAGAUGGGGAAGGAGAAGAAUGGCCGGAUGGUGGUGAAGCGCGGCGAGGUGGUGACAGUGCGAGUGCCAACCCAUCCUGACGGGAAAUGCAUUUGCUGGGAGUUUGCUACGGAUGACUACGACAUUGGGUUUGGAGUCUAUUUUGACUGGACCACAGUUACUAGCACUGCCAUUACUGUUCAGGUCAGUGAAUCCAGUGAUGAGGAGGAUGAAGAUGAGGAUGAGGAAAUUGAAGGACUGUCCCCUGUGGGUGAUGUGGAGCGGGGUUCCAAGAGCUACCUGCGGAACCGCUAUGGAGAGGUGAUGCCCGUGUACCGCAGGAACAGCCAUCGCGAGGUACAGGCAGGCAGCCACGAGUACCCGGGCGAGGGCAUCUACCUGCUGAAGUUUGAUAACUCCUACUCUCUGCUCCGCAAUAAGACUCUGUUCUUUCACGUCUACUACACUAGCUGAAGAAGAGGGAAGGGGCAAGGAUGGCAGGCAGGUGAUGGUGAGUGUAGCAGGCUGCCACCCAGCCCUGGUACUGCCUGACGGGCUCUGCUGCAUGACAGAACCACGGCGCAGUUCUGCCAGCUCUCCUUUGGACACGAACUGGUUUCUCCACACACCCUUCUUCCCCACUGUCUCAGGGGAGAAAGGUAGUUGUGACUGCCUGGUUGUUCCCAGGCAGCUGCUCUUUCUCUAGAACUUUGGGAGGUCUGCUCCAUGCAGGCAUUGGGCUGGGCCUUCAAGUCAAUGCGGGCAAUUGCCCAGAAGCCACAUUCAGGAGGUUGUUGUUCUGAUCUGUUGUGUUGGUACAAAAUGAAGUGAAAAUAAUGUUACUGUUUUGUGAAUAACUUUUCCAACUCUCCUGCUGCAUCUGCAUCGCUAGAGGGCAGCUGUUAGUCUCAGUGAGCCAGAAGCACAGCUGGCUUGUCACUUAGCCAGGGUAACCCAUCACCUACCAUCGCUACAGUCACCAGCAGUCGGUGCUUCCUUCACUCACACGAGUGGCUGGGAGUGCAGCUGGCCAGCAGCAGCCCAUGCUGCAGUGGCUUGGCAGUGCUGCAACAGGUGGGCCCCAAAUAGCAGUCACAGCUCAUGUUUGGAAAGGGGGUGGGAGCAGGGUGCACACCUCAUAGUCCAAAGGAAGGCUUUUCUAUAGAUUAAGAAUUGAAUGUUAUAUCUGUUGAUUGUAGGCAUAUGUAGAUGAUUAAAACCUCAGUGAUUACCAGAAGUUUUUUCUGUAAUCCAGGUGUGAAGCAGAGGAUGUUACUUACUGCCAUGCUGAAUGAAUACAAAAUGGUUGGAAUACAACCAAUAAAUAUACAGGAAAUGUUUCUUAGUAGCAGGAUGUUGGUUCAGUGGUAUUGCAACCAUAUGUAGCAAGGAAAAGGCUCCCAGAGCAAUGCAGUUUGUCAACUGCUAUUGCUGUUGCAAAGGUACUGUUAGGAAGUUCCUUGGCAUGUUUUGGUGACUAGUGAUGGUAUUAGUUACCACCUUCUGCUUAAGUAGUGGCUGAGUUAAAAAGGAGAAGUUAAUCCAUCAGAAAUGAAUUUUAAAACAUGCUUAUUUGUAACUGUUGUUUAUUUUAAUACUUUUAACUUGAAAUCGUUCUCUUUUCUAAGAAUACUGCUGUAUUUACAUUUUGAUACCUCUUUGCAGAGACACAAAAUUACUUUCCAUGGUGAUACUAGAAAAGUUCUGAGUUUUAUUUUUAAAUUCUACUUGGUCCAUUCCUUCUAUUGAGAGGAAACGAUGGACAGAAUUAUUUGGGGUAGUUAAAGCCAAAGAUUUUGCUCUCAUAGGAGGGCUGCCUAUUUCCUAUUAAGGGUAUAUUGUAAUGCUGUACAAUUUGUUCUGUAUUCAAGCUUACUUUGAAGUAUCUCUGCUUACUGAUUCACUGCUCCAGAGCACUUAGUAGGUCAAAAUGGUAAGAGAAGAAGCAGUCACUUUACAAUAGGGCAGCCCAAGCUGGGAACUGGAGGAGUGGAAAUUGGAAGAGCCCUACUUGGAGCACAGUGGCUUUCUGGGGGAGUGGGCCAGGAGCAGAGUUGUUGCUGCUUUGGGCCCUGAGAAGGGGAGAAAACAGCCACCUAUCUCAAAAGAGAGAGUGUAUUCACCAGGGUGGAGGGGAACUGCAGAGCUGCUUUAUUCAAGCAGGUCGAGCACAGGGAGACAGAACAGUAGGCUUGGUAUCUGUCAGAGCAAGAUGCUCUUUCAGGUAGCGGCUUGGAGAGGGCUAUUCCUUCCUUUAACCUCUCAUGGAUGAAAUGAAGAACCAUCCUGUGGCCUUUCUACAGCACUUGAAUCAGGCCUGAGCAGUUUAGCUAAGGUGUUUGGGUUUUUUCAUCCUUUGUCUAUCAAAUUCCUAGAUAUGGCUGAUGGAGUGACACUCUUCACUUCUAACAGAGAAGUAGUAGUAUGUUUGCUGAUAGAAAACAUCAAUUUA